CUCGACGCAAGAACUUCAUCAUUCAUAUUACGAGGCACUCCGACAACAGACCGGAAAUUUUUGUGAGUCUGCUGAGGAAAGGCACAGUGGAUGCUCUUGACUCGACGUCAAGUGUACGGGUCGAGCAGAGAGAGAUACGGCAGAGUCCCGCGGGGAGUAUCGAAUGCCUUCCUCCCAAGUUGACAGUCGGACUGUCAGAGAACCGUGCUGACUUACAGCGACAGGGAAAGACCCUUCCUCCCCUGAAUGGUCCAUGGCCAAACCGAGUGGACUUCGUCUCUUGAGCGAGCCGACGCCGAUCGAUUCACUCGUAUUCCACGCCCAGAAGUCCGAGAUUCCCACGCGAUUCUCGUGACUUCACAUUGUUCCUCCGGCAAAUCCCGAAAGCGCAAAUCAGCGUGCUUGUUAUUGUUCAUGCCGCCGUCGUCCGAUCUCGGCUACUCCGUGCAAUCGAUCUGAGCCUCAGGUCUUGAGCGUCCAUCAGCUGAAGUCUUCCAGCCUCCCCGAUCGGCGAGUCUUCGCCUGAAAAAUCAUGCUGCACUUACCAAAGAGUAGUCGAUACUCGACUCCCCGGAGCGCGCCUCGAAUACCCCCGAUCGCUAUCGCGGGACUCGCGAUAUGCGCCUGCAUUGGUAUUGUCAUCUACUGGCAUCUGAUCAGCGAAAACCACGCACUCGAAGAACGCUAUCGAGAACUCCAGGAAAAAUUCCAUCUGUUCGUUGAUAAGAAGGAGACUCUUCAACGGCAAUACAAAGAGCUCCGAUCGGUUUCCCAGGAUGCGUCGAAAAAACUUGAAUCGUCAGUGGAAAAAUACAACACCUGUGAAAAAGAGAAAGUUAUUCUUGAAGAAACACUGCGAUCCAAGCAGCAAGAGUUAGAUGCCUGCACAGAACAGAAUAAAAAACAUGCUUAGCGUUAUCUGCGUAAGA